UUCGUCAUCGGAGCUCGAUUGUCGCAGCAUCGGCUCGGUCGCAUUGUGAAGAGUGUCUCGCGCCGGUGCAUCUCGAGUCGUCUGAUGCUUGUAAUCGCGAGUAAUUAGUGAUUCGACGGAUUGAGAGAGUGUCGCGUGUGUCGCGUGGUGAUUGACAGAAUUCGCCGGAGCAUGCGACAGUAAGGACUUAUCGACCCCAGCAACGUGCAUGUUUAUCGCCGGACGAUGGCUGGACUACGCUACGCUUGCCGGCUCUUCGUCAUCCUGGAAUACCUGUCGGUCGUUCUGGUGUUCGCCCAGAACCCCGUGGAGGAGAAGACCACCUUCGAGGCUGCUUUCCAAGGAAGAUGCGGGCAUGGAUCGCCGUGCGAGCAGCUCUGCUACGAACUCCACGACGGCAUGUACGAGUGCGACUGCAGAGACGGCUACAUACUUCAUAAAAAUGGAUACAGCUGCGCCGAGCUCAACUCGACAUCCCCGUCCACGAGCGAGCUCGGCGAAUUCGCCGACGAGGCCGAGAGCGACGAAGCGAAUGCGGACAACGUGGAUGACGAAGACGCGGUCGAAGACAUCCUUUAUAUGCGCGGUGCCACCUUCACGAUACAUCUGGACGCCCCGGCCGAGAAUUCCACGGCGAACGCGACGAAGAUAAACGAGGAGAGCGGCGGGGAUCGGAUCGAGCUGCGCGCCACGUCUCAGGGUCCAAAUCUGGAGCAAAAACUGCCAUCUACGAUGGAGAGCAUUGUGAGCACCGAGCCAGCGUGUUCCUUGGACUGCGGACCGGCUGGAAAUUGCUAUAUCGAACAAUCUCGCGGAGAUGAGGUUGAUGUCGUGAUCGAGGACGACGACGACGACGACGACGCCGUGGACCUCGAGGGCAAUACCGUGAACUUUAGACGAAAGCAAGAAACGUACAGACAGAGAUGCCAGUGUCCUCUCGGAAGGGGUGGGGAUCGUUGUCAGCUUGAGGCUGAAGUGAGAUCACCACGUUUCACUGGAUCAGGCUGGCUGGCUUUUCCCGCCUUAAGAGCCGCUUACAAACACGUCCAAUUAGAAUUGGAAUUUCGGCCCGAAGCGUGGGACGGAGUGCUCCUCCUGGCCGGAGAACGGGACGAUCUUCAGGGAGACUUUAUGGCUCUGAUACUGCAUCACGGGUUUAUCGAAUUCAGGUUCGACUGCGGCAGUGGCGUGGGCACUGUGAGGAGCACGGAAACGGUGAAGCUGAACGAGUGGAAUACCCUGAGUGUCUACAGACAUCGAUGGGACGCCUGGAUCCAGUUGAAUCAGGAGAAGAGGGUGGAGGGACGAUCGAAGGGUUUGUUCUCGAGAAUUACGUUCCGCGAGCCACUCUUCGUCGGCGGGCCAGGAAAUACGACCGGUUUGGAGCGACUUCCGGUGAGGACCGGAUUUAAGGGUUGCAUCCGGCAUUUGGAGGCGAACGAGCACCACUAUCGCUUUCCAUUGGCACCACAGGGCGACGCCGCGAACGGAUUCGACGUCGAGGAGUGUACGGCCGACAGGUGCAGCAAGGUGCCAUGUUCCCACGGUGGAAAAUGCCUGACGACCGGAGGCGACACGGCUGUCUGUCUCUGCCCGCUCGGCUACACGGGCGAUCUCUGCGAGACUCGGGUGGACCUGCAGGUUCCAUCCUUCAACGGAUCCUCUUACCUACGUUAUCCGGGAUUGGCGGACACGUCGCUGUCGUGGCUGGAAUUGUCCGUCACGUUGAAACCGACCGCGUCGGAUGGCGUGAUACUCUACAACGGCCAUCACAGCGACGCCACCGGUGACUUUAUUGCGCUCUAUCUGUCCUCGGGGCACGUGCAGUUCACCUUCGACCUCGGAACAGGACCUGCCACUUUGAGAAGCGAAAAUCCAAUUCGUCUCGGCAAAUGGGUCGAAGUUCGGGUAUCCAGGACAGGUCGUUUGGCAUCCUUAGAAGUUGAAGAUGAUCCGGCCCAGGAAAUCUUGGCGCCCGGAGCGUUCACGCAAUUAUCCUUACCGUUGAACCUUUACUUGGGCGGCGCGCCGUCGUCCGACAUGUACUCGCCAAAGAUGAAAACUACGGCCAGCUUCGUCGGCUGCAUUCAGACGAUCGUGCUGAAUAAUCGCGAGGUGGGCAUUCUAGCUGAAGCACUGGGCGGAGUGAACGUGGGCAAUUGCGGGCACGCGUGCGAAGCCAGACCCUGCGGCGAUGCGGAGUGCCGGCCUCUUCGCGAGCGAUUUACUUGCCGCUGCCGCCCGGGCGUACCGCAUCCCUGUCCGGCGCCAGACGAUUAUACACCGCUGGUUCCGCCACCGGUGAGAACUAACAGCGCCGUGACAUCAGUGAGAUACGAGAGGGCUGUACCCAGUUUCACCGGCAGUGAGAGCUAUCUACAUUAUAACGACGCCGACACAAUGAAAAGGAUAAUCAGCUAUAGGGUGGACAUCAACAUGAGAUUCCGCGCGAGCAGCAGCAGCGGCUUGCUACUGUGGAGCGGCCGCCAGUCGGAUCCUCAGGAACAAAGGGACGAGAAUGACGAUUUUCUCGCCCUCGGCCUGGAUCACGGCUACCUCACUCUCGCGUAUAAUUUGGGUUCCGGUGAGGCCGUGCUGCGGUACAAUCUCACGCGAUUGGAUGACGAUCUGUGGCAUCGCAUCAGGGCCGUUAGAAACGAGCAAUGGGCGUCUCUCGUGGUGGAUAGCGGUACCGGUGUCUCAGCCUCCUCCCCGGGGCAGCUGAGACAAUUGAACACUGAUACUGGUCUUUAUGUUGGCGGUGCACCGGACAUCGUGAGGACGACGGGCGGCCGGUACACGAAGGGUAUCGUGGGUUGCAUCAGCGACCUCGUGCUGGACUCGGACUUCUCCGUCGCCCUGUCGUCGCCCGCGCAGGCGACCAACACGCACUCGUGCAUCCCCUGAAAGAAAGAUAUCCGUGCCGUCCGACGUGAGGUGGUGUUGUCGGGUCCAUCCCGAAGCUAGGAUAUGAAAAAUUUAAGGAUAACGAAUCACACACACACACAUACACACACAGGACACCGCGGCGUUGUGUAGCCGCGGUAUAGAGUGCUCCACACGAAAGUGCAUCUGUGUCUCUCGUGCGACCGUGUGUAAAUCUGCGCGCGCGCGCGGUUCAUCAUUUUUGUACAGACUCAUCCUUCCACAGGUGGAACUCUCGAGAUGAAAAGGGAUCGAGCGGUUCGACAAACCGACCAUCGUCGUGCGCGGCCAUCGAGUGGUAGACGGCUUCACUGUAAAUAUUACUAGGGCGAUCCGAGAUACCUAUCGCGGAGAUGUCUAUCGCUUGCCUCGCGGCAUUGAUCCUUGGCGCUGCGACUUCCUGGCGAUCCUGAUGGGUCGAUCGUAGAAUAAGGUUCACUCAAGUUCUAUCGGACAAAUGAGACGACGAAAUGAUUUUUCAACGACGACAUAAUACGUAGUAGUAUCGUAUAAAUCAUAAAUAGAAAGGUAAGUAUUUGAUCGGGAAUCGUCGUCACAAUUGUAACUCACAAUUUAUUUCAUUGUCUGAUUUAUUCAAGAGUCACGGUUGCUCCGCUUAAGUAUGCUUUUCGAGACUUUUCAAGAAUUCAUAAGAUUUUUUUAUACAAAAAUAUAAUUAGGAAUUAAAUAUAUAAUUGGUAAAUAUUCAAUGCAGUGCAAAAAAAUAGCAUCUAUUUCUGAUGAAAAUUUUUGCGAAUUUACACGACAAAGUAACGCUUCAAUAUACUAAAAUAUACUAAAAUCGAUUAAAAUAAAUAGACGUGACACGUUUUUCUUUUUCGUUUUAGCGUGCUUAAAUAAUUAUUACUAAGUAAUUAUUCUUUAAAGUUAACGAGAUAAAAAUGUUCGCGUCAGUCUGCAAUCGCCGGUAGCUUUGAACUUAUUCUUUUCUCGCUUUAUUAAGUCUCGCUAUUGGAAAUGUUAUUAAGAGUCGAACGGAAGUACGAAGUAAACGUAAAUCGCACGAAGAAAUAGAGAAAGUCGUUCAUUAUAUGCAGCUUUCAACAUAAUUCAUUAAUUAAGUAAAAUUAAUUGAUUAAUGUCGUGCUAUUCUGCGCGAAAAUUGCGAGAAGGACUUCUUUAAUUUAUAGCACUGUCCGUUUUUACAGAAUUGCAGUCAAACUGAUGCUAACUGUGCUACUUUUUAAUCGAGUUUCGCAAAUUCAAGACUGCUGAAAUUAAAUAUUAAAAAUUGUCGCAAUUUUUUUCAUUGUUUCGCGAGAAAAUAAUAUCGUGGUAAAUUAUACACUCUUUGCAAUCGUGUCUGUUUCUAAAUUGUGCCGAGAGAUAAGCUAAAACGCAUCGGUUAGUAUUAAAAUUGGCGGCAAUUACGUUCAUUUUCGUCCCGUGCCCGGAAAAGUGAAACGCGUCGAAAUCAAACUGAAAGUUUCGCCCAGCGUCCAUAAUUAAACCGCCGCACUAUUAAUAAUUUUAACUUUGCCCAUAUAUAUCUGUGUAUUAAUAGUCGCCUCGCGCGGAAAUUGUUUUGUAAUUAAAUUCGCGCAGAUUAGAUUUUUGUUCGCAAUAUAAUAUACAGUAAUAACAAUGUCUAUUACGGCGAUAGUGGAGCCGAUAAAGCGACAAGAGUGCGUUAUAGUCUGACAAUUCUGCAAAAUAGGAUUUCAUCUGAAAACUAAUUCUGCAACAAAGCUUAAAUUACACGGGGCGCGCGAUAAUAAGAGAAUUCCCGCGGGAAUGUGUGUGGCGCAUUCGAGGGAAAUGGAAGUCGUCGCACCAGGACAAUGUUCGGCCGGAUAUAAAAUUCGACGGAGCGCGUCUCGAAGACGGCUUUCGGCCUAAUAAGAUAAAAAGUAUGUAGAGAAAAUGCAACCCCUCCGCGUCAAUUUUGAUUAUUCCCUCCGACCGGAUGUUACCUUCGACACGAGGUGUCGUUAUUUUCGAUCCUCACGAGUUUAAAGCGUCCGAGAUUAUUGAGGAAUCCGGAGCGGCGCUGGAUGAAAUCUCGAUUAGAGUGGCGAAAUUGAAGAGGAAAGCGUGACAGAGAAAUGAAUGUUUCUUGAAAAUGAGAAUUUUACAAUAUAUGGAAUUAAUUGAUCUAGUAAUAAUAAACUUAAUACAAUUGUUAUCACAUGCAUAUAAAAUAACUUACGUUGUUUUAAUAUUUUUCAUACAAUUUUUUAUAUACUUUUUCCAAGUAUUUUUUUAAUAAUGCUUUAAAAUUGAUUUGCUGUUAAGAGAAACAGAAGCGGCGUUGCAAAAUGCUACGUAAAUAUAUUAUUAAAAAAAAUAGUAUCACUAACGUAACGCUAGAUAUCAUUCAGCGUCGAUCCGGACGGCGUGUGCUCGUUACUCCUACGAAUCACUGCGUACCGCAACUUUUCUAAUGCUCUUAGGACUUAUCACGCUCUUUUUCUAGCAGCUAAGUCACAAGCGCAGCCACGAGCACGAGUUUUAGUUCUACGACGAUAUCGAAGUUAACAUUGUGAUCGAUACGAGUAACUACUAAGAAAAAUAGGAGAGAGCUAUGCCAUGGACCAAACACUAACAACCUUUAUCGUGUCUAUUCUAACGGGAAUACAUGAUACGCAAAAUGCAAACCGCGUGCAAAGUGCAUAUCCUGAUGAUAAUACGGGACUUGCGUCCCUUCGUGAGCGAUUUCGUUCAGCGUUGGACGAAUUUUGCGAAUGAUUUGUGAGUCUUCACCGUUUCGUUCCUAUAAUUGCAAUAUCUCGAAGAUUUGAAGAUUAUAAUUGCAGCAAUAAGUAUCUUUAUGCGAGAACUUGUCGUUUUAUGUUAGCAGAAUAAUUUUAUCUCUAGUCACUAAAAAUAAGACAGCAAUUCAAGUUAUUGUUAGCGUGUUCGCGCCGAGAGAAAUACACGGUUCAUUGAAUUUCUUAUAUUAUUUUAGUGGCGAAAAGCCACGGCUUGUUUAGCAAUUAUUAUAAUUGUAUAAUAAAAGUAAUUCUGUCAGACUUUGCGUUGUUAGAGAUAAGUUGCCGUUUCAACGGAAAUAUCGUUUGUAAUAACUGUCGUGACGUCAAUUUUCCGUUCCGCGAUAAUUAAUUUUACGUACGACGUUCAGUGACUUGUUCGACGAAGAGGGCCGCGGGAAGGAGAGGAUAACGAUGACACUUUUACAUAUACGUAUAAAAAGAAAAAAAGAGGAAGACAAAUGAUAUCUUUGUUAUGCAGAUGUUCGUCGCAUAUUUUUUUAUCUUCAUAGAGCGUUUCACUCCAUGAACACAAUUUAGCAUUACCGGUCGGAAAAUCCCAGGUGUCAAUACCUAUACACGUGUCCUAUCUCCACGGGAGAGAAAGCGGAGAAGGCGAAAAAAAAAGAAGUGAAACGGAAAAUGAGAUAAAGUAAACGUAAGGUAUAACAGUGAUCGAUGAACUUCGCUUUUGUCAUCGCACGAAAAAAAAAAAAAAAUGAUUUUAAAAAUGACCUACUCGAACACACACAUCAUAAAAGCAAUCGGCUAUAGUCAAUUUUGUACGGAUGUUAUUUUCGGGACUAAAUAUAAUAAUAUAUCAAAGGUGAGUGGUAGUCGCGUAGAAAGUGUAAUAAUAUUACAAUUUAAAUGAUUGUACGUUGAGAAUUAGGAGGCGGAUAAUUAUCGUCCUCAUUAACCCUCUCACGCUCGAGCUUUUGCAAAAAGUAAAGAAAUCAAAGCACUCGCGAUUCAGCGAACGAUUCCUUAUAAAGGAACAUUAUUUCAUGAAAUAAUUUUAUGCAAUAUUGUGCCGCGCUUGAUUGAAACAGGAAGAAAAAAAAACAUUCAAAGUGUCUCAGCUUUUUCAGAUUAAUUGUUAUUAUUUAACGUUCAAUAUCUUUGUCUCUAGAGCGAGCAUCUUCGCGCGUGGUGAAGGGCGUCGCGUGGGAGGAUUAAGGGCACUUUUUCUAGCGUAAUUCAAUGUACAAUAUCUCGCGUAAGUAUGCAUUGAGUGACUCGAGGCUUCUGUGCUCGUACGUUGAAAUCGUUUUGUAUAGCAGGCAUGAACCCUGUCCCCGUCGCACUCGCAAGUGUACGCGAGUGUGGUAUUCAUAACGCGAGGAAUUCCUCGAGAAGUCCAAGUAUGUUCCGUUCAUUUUGUAAUUGCUAACACAUUCAACACGGAAAUAUGGUUCCUGGACGCAUUCCACCAAGUGCCGUCGGGAUUGCUCGAAGUGUGCAACGUAUUCGAAUAUUCGAUAAUAAUGUUCCAGCUGGUAAUUAUUCCGAAAUGGGAUUUCUCGAGUAUAUUCCGCAUGCUUGAUUUGCGAAUAUUCGGAUCGAUAAUUAUUCUAUUAAUCCAGCGACGAACUCUUACGGCGAUUAACAUUUAAUUGCACGGUGUACGUGUUUUGUAACAAAGCGAUUAUUAAAUUACGAUUUAACCGCGGAUUCCAUUGAAUUAAAUAUCGGAAUUACUCUUCUCAGGUCGGGGGAUUAAAGAUUCCGCAGUAUUAUGCAAGAAUUGAAGUUUUUUUUUUCGAGUAUUCGAGUACCGAGUCGCUCAAAAAUACCACGGCAAAUCUAAUUCUAACACCAACGUAUGUUAGUAGACCGAAGCUUUAAUUAAUUAGAGCUUGGCCUUCGCGCUUGUUGUUUCGAAUUUUCAUACACACACACAAUCGUGCAUUUUCUAUUCGAAGAUCAAAAAAGAAAGUUUCAUAUCCUUUAUAAAUAUAAAUAUAAGAACGAGCGAUCCUUCGAUAAAGGCCUUUGAACGAUGGCGAAAAAUCUAACGUGAUCGGGACUCUCCGUUUCAGAAUUCAAAUGCGCUUUAUCGAGCUAGAGCUAGGAACUGUCACUUUAAACUGCAACAAUUUUAUUUGCAAAUUAGAACAAUUUUUGCGGAGAUGAAACCAAUCGAUAAAUCAAACAUCAAUUAUUUGCUUCAUAAAUCAAAUUCAUUAUUUCCUCGCAGAAUGUGAUCCGGAUUUACGUGCAAUACAUCAUAAAAUGAGUUAAUGAAACUUUCUAAAAUUAACAAAAAUAUUUGCAUAAUUGCAAGCAAUGUGUGCAAUACUUAUAAACAAAUAGUAUGUGUUAUCUUUGAUAAGACGUACUUAAUUGCUUAUGAGCAUUACCUAAAAAAAUAAUAUAUUAAUUAUACGUUAUCCAAAUAAUUAUAUGUAAUUACAUAUUAUUUAUUUAUUUUAUAAAUUAGGGUUGAAUUGAUACAAUCGAAUUGAUUAAAGUAAAGUAUAUAAAAAAUUAGUUGAUAAUAUUCGGCUAAUCGCUAAUAAUUAUAUGAUGUGUUUUUCUACUGAGUGUUAAAUCAUAAAAAAUCAAAGUCGAUUGGAAGAGCUUAGAUUAGAAAAAACGGCGUCGCUUUUCUCGAAUCGGCGUUCUGUCUAUCAUAGAGAAAAAGAGAAACGCGAUAGAAAAUCGAUUUCGAACAGGCGAGAAAAAUCAUUCGCUCAAGGCGAUGAUUGUUCACGUCGAUUCGAUUUUAGAAAAAAAAAAUGCUGUUAGAUGUGCGCCUUUAAUUUCGAGCACCGUACAAGCACUUAAACAUCGAAGUUGUUUGUUAUUAUUUCAUAUGUACAGAGUAAGCUAUUUAAACGAGGACGUCUCUCGUCGUUAACGUGAAAUAAAAAUAUUGCAAAUAAAAUGGAAAUUUGCGAGAAACUUUGGAAAACCACAAACAGGAAUUGACAUUCGAAAUUAAUGGUCUCGUACAAAUAACUUGCUCUGCCCUCCCUCGAUGUAAUCCUACGUAAAAAUAGUUUACCUGUGAAAUUCUACGAAUUUCAACCCUUUCGCCACUUUUUUGAUUGAACUUUCGUUCAAGCAUUGAACGACGAAUGAAUUUUUAUGCUCUGAAAUUUUAUGUUAUUCGUGUAGGAUCACAAUUAGUAUUAUUCAUACUUAAAAUAUGUGUAAUUAUACGAAAACAUCAAGGCGAUUUCUAAAAUCGCCUAGGAUGAUAAAGGUGAACCGAUGCGAAUUUUCGCGAAUUAUUUAUAAGUCUGUGAAUUUCGUCUGUUGUUUGCGUAAGUCUGUGCGAAGCACUUAAAUUUAAUCAACAAAUUCCACCACACCUUCGUUUUAUAUAUCGAUAAUGCUUUACGAUAAUUUCGGACACGCGCGAAAUCACUUUCAUCAGCUGACGCAUCGCGAAAGGGUUGAGCGUGAUCACAAACAUUUUAGGGAGAGAUUCUUUUUCUUUUCUUUUAGCGGCUCGGAAUGAUAUUCGACAAUUAAGCACGCGUAAUAAGGCUGAUGCGUAUGUAUUUACAUCAUAUCCACUUAAGUCUAAUGCAAAUCGCUGGAUAUCACACCUCAAGACAACAAAAAAAAAAGGGGAGAAGAAAUAAGCGGGAAGAAGCACUAUAUUGAAAAAGAAAAAAAAUAUCAAUACAUAUUAAUAUAUAAUAGAUAUUAUAUUAUUACUAAAUAUUAUAUUAAUAUAUGAUGCUAUAUAUAUAUUAACUAUUUCUAUUAUGUCCGUCUGCAAAGUCUAUUAGAAGAGUCUAUCCUGUCGACCUAUUCUUACGACCCAUGUGGAUCUCCUCGGAUAUAUGUAUAUGUACAUACAUGUGUGUGUGCGCGUGUAUCGACGGGUGUGCAAUAUCGCGAGGCGAAUCGGAGGACGAUUCCUUUUUAGCGUGUCUCGGAGAUCCGCCACGGCGCAAAUUUUAUCGGACGCGCACGAUUUUUACGAUACACGUGUACGUGGCAUGUAACGAGACUCGGCGAGCGACCAGGCCGGUCCUCGAGAGCCUCCCGUCCUCGUUUCAGACGAUCAAUGUGUAAGAUCUUCGUCAUUAAAUGUUCGUGACACGCUCGUGGCAAUAAGGAAAAAAAAAAAAAUAGGACGCUACGCUCGCGAUCGUUUGCGACUAUCUCGCUUCAAUCCUUUCCGGCGUAACCGUCGGCGCGUCGGCGCUACGCGCGAAUCACGGAAGCGUUUGUGAAUUAAUCGUGGACAGGUAUAUAAUUAAUUAAGGACAGUGCCGCGUCAAUUCUAAUAUUCUAAUGCUCAAUCAAAAAGAAAUUGAUUCACAGAAAAUACUAUUAUUUUAUUUUGGCAACUAAUUAAUAAUUAGAAUUGAAAUUGGAAUUAAUUAUUAAUUAUUCGCAGAAAUAAAAUAAACAGCGCCUUCGGCAACCUUACAAUUUUUUUCGGCUAAAUUAAUAUCAUAUCAAGAAUAAUACGUCCAUCGAGGUAAAAAAAGUUUACUGUAAUUACUCUGUAAAUUUCCUGUAAAAACACAACUAAAUAAUGUGAUAAAGCGAAAACGAAAUGGCAGGCUUUUGAAUAGAACGAAGAUAAUCGAAUAGCUGUCGCAUAAUGCGAGAUUAAAUUAAAAAAAUAAAAAAAAAAAAAAAAAA